AUGGACCAGAUGCAUGCACAAGAGGGUUUUAUAACCAAACGUAGACGCACAUCCAAAAGGUGUGAAUGUAGGGCGCGAAUAUCACUCAAGUAUGUAUCUGAGGUUGGAUUUGUGGGGUAUGUUGUUCAAGAAUUUGUGGAAGUUCACAAUCAUAGUAUGAUUGAACUUCCGUUUAGACGUUACAUGAAUAUUAAUCGUAGGUUGGGUGAAGUACACGGGCGAUUCAUAUGGGACUGCACGAAAACCAAUAUUGGACCUACCAUGACAUUCAAAUUCUUGAAUGAGUUCUUGGGCGGCUAUGACACUGUGGGAAUCACCGUGGCAGAACUUAGGAAUUAUGUCCAAGGUCUGAAAACUUAUGUCGAAGGUUCUGAUGCACAAAUGUUGUUAGAUGAAAUGGCGAGGAAAAAGAAGGCAUGUCCUGAUUUUACAUAUCACUAUCAGCUUGGGAGUUCAAAAGCGUUGAAAUCGCUUUUCUGGUGCGAUGCAAUAUCUAAGCGGAAUUAUCAACUGUAUGGUGAUGUUGUCUCCUUCGACUCCACAUACAAUACCAAUAGGUAUUGUAUGAUAUUCUCACCCUUCACGGGCAAGGACAACCAUGGAAAGCUAGUCACAUUUGGAGCUGCACUCUUAUCCAAUGAGACCACACAAUCUUAUUCAUGGCUCUUCAAGCAUUUUUUGGAAUCCAUGGGUCAAGCUCCUAAGAUGAUUGUUACUGACCAAGAUAGAUGUAUGAGAGCUGCUAUUCGUGAUGUUUUGGUACUAGAGCCGGAAGAGUUUGAAGAUUCAUGGAUGGGGAUAAUGGAGCGUUAUGAGCUUCUUCAUGUUGAGUGGUUUGUAACAAUGUCAGACAAUAGAGAGAUGUGGGUCCCUGCCCAUUUUAGAGACUUUCCCAUGGGGUCUCUUAUUAGGACGACGUCUGUUUCCGAGUCUGAGAAUAGCUUCUAUAAAACAUUCACAAGACCUCGCUCCAAUCUAGUUGAGUUCAUCAUGAAUUUUGAUCAUGCAUUGGCUGCACAGAGAAAUUCUAGCUCGAAGUUAGAUUAUAUGGAUUCAACUAUUAUACCACCGUUCUCCAAUCAGUUGGUAUUGAAAAAACAUGCUGCAACAAAGUACACUGAGCACGUGUUCAAGAGAGUGCAACGUGAGAUAGUGGACGCAUUGCACCAUUGUAGCACUGAUGGUUUGUUGAAAGAUGAUCUGUUAGAGAUCUCCACAAUAAAGGAUAAGUUCCUGAAGUUUAUACCUGAUAAGUACUUCCAUGUGAGGUGGUUGACGACUGCCUUAGCUGAUGAUAUUCGUGGUCCAGCUCGAAGUUUGGGAGAUCCUGAAAUUCUAUCAGAUCCAAACCAGCUGUCAAAGAAUAAAGUUGCUGACAUAUUUUUCAGUUACAUGAAAAAAUUUGAUGCUGAUAGUGCCAUCAUUGAUUUGUUUUCAGCUGGAAUUGAUGAGCUUGGGAAGAGUCUUAUGACAAGAAUCCAUGAACCAUCUUCAGGAGACAAGGAUAAGCCAGUUAAAGAUUUCUAUUUUGCUGAAAAUCCAGCUGUGGUUAGAGUACAACCACCAUCAGUUGUGUCCACCAAAGGUUCGGCAAGUGAUUCCAAAAGCCGUUUGGUAUCCGCGAAGGAAAAGGCUAUAAAGUUGAACAACAAACCAUUGCGUCAGUGCAAAAAAUGUGGAGAAUUUGGUCACCAUGACUCUAGGAACUGUGGUUGA